AUGGCACGACGACACGAACAACGCGUCGACCCGGAUGGGUCCUACGACCUAGACGGGCUCGACGUCCUGGACGGGGCCUACGACCCGGACGGGCCCGACGACCCAAACAGACUUGACGACCCGUACAUGAUCGACGACCUGGAUGGGCCCGACAACUCAGACGGGCCUGACGACGUUGACAUACCCGACGACCUAGACGAGCCCCACGACUCGAACGUGUAUGACUACCCGAUUGGGCCCGACUGUUUGGACGGGUCUGUCCGGGUCGUCUGGCCCGUUCGUGUCGUCGGGCCCAUUCGGGUUGUCCGGCCCGUUCACGUCGUCGAGCUUGUUCGUGUUGUCGGAUUGAGAGGCAGACCCAUCUCUCAAGGGGAGGGAUGGGUGUUGAACGUAAAAUGUGGUUACCAUAAUCACGAUGUCUCAUCUACCCUAGUUGGUCACCCCUAUGCGGGUAGGUUGAAGUCCACUAAACACUCGUUGCUUGUUGAUAUGACUAAAAGUCAAGUAAAAUCUGCAAAUAUACUUCUCACUCUCAAAGAAAAAGAUGAGUAUAAUGUGACAACUUUAAAGCAAGUAUAUAAUGCAAGAUAUAGGUACAAACGUUCAGUAAGAGGUUCAAGGACUGAGACCCAUACUGAUGCUGUGAAGUUGUUAAAUUCAUUCAAUGUUGUGUUCUUAAUGGAUAAUACUUACAAAACUAACAAAUAUCGGUUGUCAUUGCUUGAGAUUGUUGGUGUGACCUCAAUAAGAUUAACUUUCUCAGCCGCGUUUGCAUUUUUAUCCAGUGAAAAGCAAAAUAAUUUCACUUGGGCUCUUGAAAGGCUAAGAGCAAAGUGCAAAAUGUUAGUGAAUUCUGUUGAUGCAUGGGAUGUUAUACUGCAAACAUGGGAGAAUUUUAUGGACUGUGAAGAUGAGUUAAAGUUUAACGAUUGUGUUAAUCGUCUUGAGGUUGUUUGCCAAUCAUGGCCUGUAUUCUUUGAAUAUGUUAAUGACUCGUGGAUCAUUCUUUACAAGAAAUAUUUUGUCAAGGCGUGGACGAACAAAGUUAUGCAUUUAGGGAAUACAACAUCAAAUAGGGUUGAGUCUGCUCAUUGGAGCCUCAAGAAAGUUCUUGGAAGUAGUAUGAGAGACCUUUGUUCGUGUUGGGAUGGAAUUCACAACGUUAUUAUCUUGCAACACAACAAAAUAAAGACGUCUUUUGAAAGAAGUCUUAAUCUGAUGAGUGACUCUUACAAGGCAUUGAGUUAUAGAAGAUUAGUGGGAUAUGUUUCUAGAUUUGCCUUAGAACUCCUUGCUCCAGAGUUAGAAAGAGUUAAGAAAAUUGGAUUUGAUACUAGUCAUUGUGGUUGCAUUCUCAGACAAACUUAUUAUCUUUCAUGUGCGUGUGAAUUAGCACGAUAUGACCCUGGGAUGAUUGCUCUCCAAGAAAUUCAUGUCAUGUGGACUAGGUUGAGCUUCUCAAAUGUGUCAUCUUCACAACCCGAAGGGCAAUUAUCUAUUCAGAGGGAGGUUGAUCUGUUGCUUAAUAUUUUCAAAGAAGUUGACAUUGUAGGAAAAGUCACCAUCAAACAUAAAUUACUUGACAUAGUUUGCCCUUCGAUGACAUCGAUGUUGCCGCCAGUGAGUAAAAUUAAGACGAAGGGUGCAACUAAAAGUCAUCGAUCAAAGAAGUCAACCAAACGUGAUCCCUUAUAUUUUGAGCAUGUUGACGCCUUCAUUGAGUCAUCAAGACAAGACACAUGUGUUGGAAAAACAGAAAAGAAGCUGAAGACCAAAGGUGUAAUUCAAGAAAAGAUAAUACCCAUGCUAGAACAGUUCAAUCAUGUUUUUCAGCCUUAUAUAGUGGAUGUUGUAGAUGUAGUGGCAGAUGGUCAUUGUGGGUAUAGAUGCACUGCUGCAUUGUUGGAUAUGGGUGAGGAGUCAUGGCCUCUAAUCAGACAAGAUUUAUACAAAGAACGUAGUCAAUGGCGAGAUGAAUAUGCAACAUUAGUUGGAGGCUAUGAUCGUCUGGAAGAACUGAGAAAGUCUUUGCUAGUUAAUUCACCAUCAGGGGUUCGUCUGCAAGAAGGUUGUCCAUUACCGAUGGAGGAUAUCAUAUCAUCUAGCAAUUGUUACCCAAAGACAAAGGGGUGGGCAUCAUUUUAUAGAGAUAGGAUGCAGGCAAUCGUAGAUUUGCACGUAGUGGAUCGUAGUUAUGUAGAUCUUAUGGAAGACUGA